AUGUCAAAAAUAUUAUCAGCGAGCAACGAAACUCGCGUAUGGACUACAAGCUUCCUCGCCAAAAACACUUUGAUCGGUCCUUUGCAAGGAAACGUAGCCGAAUUGGUUGAGAAUGUUCAGUUUUUACAUACUCCUUCAGCAAAAUUCAAGAUCGCAGACAGAGGAAACGUCAUCGAGCACGAUUUGUCGCUCGGCGACUUUUCGUGGAUGCCUGCUGUGAAUCCGGCACGUACCGAAAAGGAGCAGAACCUGCAAGUGAUACGAUCUCCAGACGAUGAUAAAAUCUAUUUCCGAACAACAAGAGACAUAUUGUCUGGCGAAGAGUUUCGAGUGUGGCUGGCUCCUUCUUUAGAGGAAGAACGUGGACUGCAGAACGUUGAAAAGGAGGAAUUUGAAGAUAGUCGAUGGACCUGCGAUAACUGUAAAAAGAUCUUUCAAUGUUCUCAAGCUCUUUCCGUUCAUCAAACUUAUAAAUGCAAGGAACUGGGUUCCAACAUCACCUUGCGGAGAGAAAACAGUGCGAAGAGUGUGGACAGCGAGGAUGAUGAAGAUUUAGAGGAAGAGGAAGAAGAAGAGGAAGAAGAAGGGGUUGAUGAUAAUGAUGAUGAUGAUGAUGAUGAUGAUGAUGAUUAUAAUGAUGAUGAUGACGAUUUUGUAGGUAGAAACUCAUCCAAGCAAUAUCUGAAGAUAGAACAAAGCUCGCAGAAUCAAGAGAAAAAAUCGAAGGCGAAGGAACAAACUUAUGAUCGAACUCAUUCGACUGCGGACAAUAGGCAGAGAUGUUCGGCAGACGAAAGUGCUCCGAUGAUAACCAAGGAAACGUCGGUCGCUUUCGGCAAUGGUCGUGUCUUGUCCAAUCCCACGUUAGAGAGUCUAAUUUCGAGUUUUACACCACCUCCCCUACGAAAGUUUUUGAACGAACCUCAGUCGUUGGCUGAGUACCAUAAACAAGAAUUCCGAAAGAAGUUUCAAGGAAACGAACAUUACCUUCGCAGGCAUCUUUAUCGUGAAAACAUGGAAAGGAAAUUAUCCUCCGCCAAACGUCGGCGCCUGUUAGUGAGGACUGAAGAUAACGAAUACUCCCAAAAAAGAGAUGAAGACAGGUUCCAUGUCAAAGAAGAGAACGGUGAUUUCAUAAACUGUUUCCAAGAGAAUUAUAUCCUUGAUCUGCAUAAACGCAACACCAUUCUGCCAACAUUUCCAGAAAGUGAAAUUUUGAGGAACCCAAUUAAGAGUACAUUUGGUCAAUAUAGCUUGCGGGAUGGACAUUUUCCAUUAAAUGUGUCAGCUUUUAAAAGUUAUGCUAAUAUCAGGAGCUCAAUAGGACCAAAAGAACUUUCAAAUAACAACAGGGUGUCGGCCGAAAACGGAAACGAAGGUCUGCGGCGCGGCAGUGACGUAUAUUUGCCACGUGAAGCAGAUCGCGAAUGCACUUGUAAAAGCCACAACGACACACAAGACAUUUCAAAGCAAAGAAAAAUCACUGCUGUGACCGAUGAGGCGAUGACAACUGAAGAGAACGAGGAAAACAACACGGUGUCACUCAGGGAACGGCUGGAUCAAACAAGUCACAUUCCAGACUACCAAAAGAGUAGACAAGGUUCAAUACUUAAUAACUACACUCGACUAGGAUCCUGCUUUAUUCAUCAGAGAAUGCAGCCGGCUGACAAUGCACAUCUUCGGCAUCGAAUGCAAUGCCAAUGCUAUUCGUCUCCAGUUCCACGCGAGUCAAUUGACAAUGCCGCUAUGCGCUUUUAUGAACCCGCGUUCUUCGUCGAUCAGAGGUACGGCUACUCCAAUUAUCCGCGCAUGUUCCCGUUCUUUGCGCACCACACCAGCAGUCUGCCUCAGGCUCCCCAGCGAAACCAAGGUUUCACGUGCGAUUACUGUGGGAAAGUGUACUGCAGGAAGUAUGUACUGAAAAUCCACAUGCGCACGCAUACGGGUUUCAAACCUUUACGAUGUAAAGUGUGCGACAAGUCGUUCAGUGAUCCAAGUAAUAUGAAAAAACAUGUGAAACUGCACGAGACGGAGGACACUGUGCACAAAUGUAGAUAUUGCGGUAGGAACUUUGUAAGGUAUAGAGGUCUAUUGAAUCAUAUCAAAUCAAAGCAUUCCGAACAACUUUCUCUUUAACCGUAUGAAUAAAGAAGCAAUCAGCACGAUUGAUCUGGAGGGUCACAUGACCUGAUACGCCUCUACAAAAUUUGGGGAACAUCAGGUAAUAUUUCUUUGGUAAUAUUCCCCAAUUCCCAGACUUUAUGUCCCGCACGAUAACAAAUCUCCGCUUAAAUAUUAAUUCAAUAUAGUAGAGGGUUUUGCUGUUGUUACAAAAUGAGACACAUUUCGAAGAAUAUUUAAGUAUAAGUAGGUAUCCCAUGCAGUAAAAUUUCUGACGCUGAGGUAUUAGUAAACGUUUUAUUACGCGUGCGGAAAAAUUAUUUAAAGAAUUAUACAAACAAAAGCUUACUCUUCCUAGAGCUCCGCUCACAGAAAAUCGUUUUUGCUUCGUGGAACAGACGCUGUUGGCUGAUGAGAAUAUGAGCAAAUGUUACAGUCUUUUAACAACAUUAGUUGAUUAACGAGCGAGUAGAUGAUGAGAUUAGACAGCCAGGCCCACGGUAAACCUCUCCUCGACUACUUGUACCUCGUUUCAAUUCUUCCCGCGCGCCACGGGUGAAGAAACGCGCGUCCUGCGGUGCCAACAACGAGGACACACUCGCAGGCUAAGACAUGCGGCAUUUCAGUUUAGACCCCCUGGGUGUCAAAGUACUUUUUAUUGUAUCUUAAUACACAUUUGUCAAGUAUUUGAGGCAUCUUUAGUGCUGUAUACAGACUAAAUAAAACGAGGUGAAAUUGA